GUGUUAAUUACAAACGACUGUGUCAACGUGACCGUGUUCGUUUAGUUAAGUGUUAAAUGGAGCUUUGAGAUGAAUCCAAUGGCUUGGAGAUACCACUGGUGCGUGGCUACGUAUCAGAGAUCACUUCCAAUUGAACUUUAAUUUAUCUCAUGAUAAGCUUUAAUAGUUAAUUUAUUAAUUAGUUAUAUCUGACUGGAUUCAAACACAACCUUCUCUCUAUUCAAGCCUAUCCAAGGCCUCACAAACCAUCUGUUAAUAAAAGGAAAUGUGGCUUAUGAGAAAGAGGCCAAAUGCAUUGACCAGUAAUGCAUGUAUACUCAGUCAACUAAAUUACUCUAUACCACACGUUAUAUGUAUAACAAGUACGUUAAAGUUAGUUAUUAUUAAUAGCUGUACAAGUAAACAAAAGUUCUACCCUUUGUAACACGACUCAUUGUUAUAUAUCCCAAGCAGUGUUUGGAUUGGUCUAAAUUGUAUUCCUCUACUCUCUCAAAUAAUCCUAACCAUUCUUAGAAACAAAUUUUGAGAUGUCUUCAUUGAAACUAGAACAAGAAGUGCUCCAACAUUUCACUCAUGUCCACCCUUUAACGAAGGUUUACGACUUUGGCGGAUUCAUAUGCAAUGGCUGCAACACUUACGGCUCUGGGAAGACCUAUCGUUGCGCCUCUUGCAACUACGAUCUUCACGACUGCUGUGCCACGUGUCCCCGUACACUCCACUGCUUUGUGCAUCCCCAACACGAGCUCACGUUAGUCUUUAAAGAGCCAGCAAAGAUGGACCAUGAUAGACGUGGGUGCAACAUCUGCCAUGAAUUAGCCGAAGGGCUUUAUUACCAGUGCGAGGCUUGCGGCUUCGACAUGCAUCCACUUUGCUCGCAGCUGCCUCAGCAAGUGAGCCACAUGUCUCACCCGGCUCACUACUUAGAGCUGAGUGAUCAUGGAGCAAGCAACAUGUGCAUGGAAUGCCACGGUGUGAUCCGGUCAUGGCGGUACAAGUGUGGUCCAUGCCGGUUAGAUGUUCAUAUGGAGUGUGUUAAUUCGUCUACGUCAGCAACGAAGGGAACACAGCAAAGAAGUUUAGAGCCGCAACCAUAUUUUCAGCCUUCUCAGUACCAUCAACCGCAAUCGCAACCGCAAGUUCAUCUUUCACAGUAUCAGCAAAUGCAACCACAAACUUAUUUCCACCCUCCUCAGUAUCAUCAACCGCAAACUUAUUUUCACCCUCCUCAGUAUCAGCAACCGCAACCGUAUUUUCAUCCUAAUCAGCAACCGCAACCGUACUUUCAACCUUCUCAGUAUCAGUUACCUUGUCAUAAUCACGGAUGCACAAAUCAAGGUCAGCCACAGGGACAACAGUCUGGUCGGAGUGCAGGGAAAAAAAUGUUUGGCAUUUUCAUGGCUUUAACGAUUGGGGUUGCCUCGGAUGUGAUCGCAGAGACGGCUCACGAUGCCUUUUUUGGCUAAUUUUGAAAUGACAUCUCCCUAAGACCCUAACUAAUAUCACUCAUGCCAUUAUGUUAUAUUUCUCUGUUGUUUAUGUUAUAGCUUCUGAUUCUUUCUUUGCAAUAAGCUUACAUAAUGAAAGUGUUACCAUAUUUUAUUAUAGUACAGAGAGUUUCUGAGUAAAUGUUGCACUUCUCCGUAAAAAACAAGUUGCAGUACGCUGCUCAUAAUAAACUGAUAGCUAUGACAAAUCCAUGAACAUGUUGCGCACAUUCAAUGACGAGUCUCAUAUCUCACCGACCCAAAGUUGUUCAAGAGUCUUAUAAGGACUCGUCUCGUGAACAAAUGACAUGCCUCUCACCAGCCUACCCUGUUAGGAAGCAUCUUUCAGUUUUAGAUAACACUGAGCCUUAGGAGCAAAAC